AUGGAUUGGGCUGCCGAUUCUGUUACUCACCCACACUACUUUGAUGGGAGCAACUAUGCUGGAUGGAAAGCUAAGAUGAGAGCUUUCGUUUCGGCCCUUGAUGAUCUAGUGUGGUAUACUAUUGAGAAUGCUUGGAUUGAACCAACCAAAACUAUGGAAGAUGAGGUUGUACUGAUAUGGUAUGAAUGGUUCCCUGGCAAGUUUGUCACAAUAUCCAUUGAAAAUAUUGACAUGGUAUGA